AUGAACAACCACCAUAUUGGCCGAGCACUGCUUCUUACCCGUCGUACGCUUGAGACACUGCCGUCGUCCGAUCACCCGACCAACUACCUCGACGGCAGAAGGGCCGGAAACAAAAGGACGGCCAUGGAGUCGGUUCGGGUGACCGCGGUCGGGCCGAAACAUAACGAUGAAAAGCCAGUGACUUCCUUUAACUUCCGCCUGUGCGCCUCGUUUCUUACGUUAAUCGUUUUUUAUCGAUAUUAA